GGCCUUCGUUAUAGGCCGCGGUACCACCCAAGGACGAACUGGAGGCCUGAUGGUCUAGUUCUAGCGAGGCCAACUCAAGGUCGCCCUCCCUUUUUUCCCCUGUCACUGGAUUAAGUUCAGGUGGAGUGAAGAGAUGCUCUCGGCUUCCUCAUCCAGGAGUCCCGCGAGAUUCGGCAUCUUGGGUUGCGGCCCAGCUCCCCAUGAAAACAACGGAUUUUUCGAGUCCCAAAUGGUCUCCACUGUCUAGCCCGCGGCCGACUGACGACCUCCCGAGGGGCCACGCCUGCGUCGGGAUGGCAGCAGAAAAAAGAAAAGCACACGGAUGAUGAGGUCGGCCAGGUCACCUCAUGCCAAGGUCGUUCUGUUCUCUUCUGCCUAUUUGAGCAAGAGUUUUACAUCGCGGGCUUGUCAGAGGCAUGCAAAAAGGAGGGAAACAUGCUUGGUCCUCGCAUAUCCCUCCUCGGCCCCAAUUCGCCAGCUGGCCCGUCUCCGCCUCCCCGACCUGUCUUUUUUUCUCUAUGGGGGCCUUACAUAUCGGCUACGGCAAGGUUCGAGUCAAUUCGGGCGCCAUUCGCUGGAUCAUGCAGCCUUCCUGCGCGAUGAACUCCACAUUCUUGGGCAUAGCUGGAAUGGAGGGAGGGGAGGAAAAUUCCGACGCUCAUACUGGGGCCAGUCAUGGACAGCCUGCUUCUUACUAUCCACCACUGUUCAACAUUCACCCACCCACUCACCAUCCGUCGUCCCUCUCCUUCUUCCGACGCCUGUCGAUGGAAAAGACUCAUUGUGGGGGGGAAAUGUCCAGUUGGGAUCUUCCCCGGGUGUGCUUCUGCAUCUCGCCCCCAUCCUCUCACCUUUGUUUGCGUCAAUACCACCGUAUGUGUGCACACUAAUGCAAACUUUGUGUUAUCCCCAGUGGGGAGGAUGGAGUGAGAGGAGCAAGCACCUGUGGGAGGGCUGGUUUUCGGUGCCUUUGGUACCUUCUUUGAAAGACAACCGCUGCUACCGUGUACAAACAUUAUCAGCGCUGACUCGAAGGGGGAGGAGGCAUCUUGGAGGUGGAGUGGGAGCUACUCUUGCCAUUUGCUACCUUGCUUGACUACUUGAUCCAACUCACGGCUUGCAUUUGAAGGUGAGAGAGAGAGGGAAAAGAUGGGAAAACAGUCGCUUAUCAUGGCAAAAAUGAAGCGAACAUCCGGGCGAGGGACAAUGGGACACUGGUCGAUUAAACAAUGUUUAUAUGUGCAAGAUUGGGUCAAGACUGUAUCGAACACAAGGAACUACAUAGAUGCAUCAAUAUCUUCUUUGCCAGGAUUAUGUGUUCCUGUCUCUAAGCCUG